UACAAAACAAGGAAAGCCUUUAAAGCAACUUCAAAACGGAGACGGGACAAUUGGUUGUCAGACUUUUUUCACCUGAAUGUAGUAACCGAAAUGUGUCAACUAAUGGAUCCAGCUACAACCACAGCUCCCAUGCAAAACGACUGUGAGACAGAGUUGGAAACUAAACAAAACUGGUCGAGUUCACUCUGGAGCUGGUGGCCUUCUUGGAGUCCAACCUCCAUGUCCCUGUUGAAGACUGCAGAGUCCAAAAUUCUUGCCUGUAUUCAGAAUAACAUUUGGGCCAGAUUUGUGACUCUUCCAAGCCAGGACCGAAUAUGGACUUUAUCUGUCAACAAGGCAGCUUCAAAACCUGCAGAACAAGCGUCUAAAACUCCCCUAGUGAUGGUUCAUGGCUUUGGGGGAGGCGUUGGACUGUGGAUCAGGAACUUGGAUGCACUGAGUUGCUCACGGACCGUCCACGCCUUUGACCUGUUGGGCUUUGGCAGAAGUUCCAGGCCUCACUUCCCCUCAGAGGCUGCCAAGGCAGAAGAACAAUUCGUUAACUCUAUUGAACAAUGGAGGCAGUCUGUAGGAGUGGAGAACAUGAUCCUGCUGGGCCACAGCUUGGGAGGCUAUCUUGCUACCUCAUACGCAAUUCAGCACCCUUCUAGAGUGUCACAUCUUAUCUUGGUAGACCCCUGGGGCUUCCCUGAGAGAGCAAAGCCACAGACCAAUGAGAGUCAGGACACAGAGGUGGUGAAGAGAAUGUCCCCUCCACGAUGGGUGAAAGUUAUUGCAUCGGUUGUUUCCCUCUUCAACCCACUGGCAGUGAUCAGAGCAGCAGGACCGUGGGGUCCAGGCUUGGUGAACAGAUUCCGUCCUGAUUUCAAAAGAAAGUUUGAAGAUCUGUUUGAUGACGACACAAUGACGCAGUACAUCUACCACUGCAAUGCACAGAAUCCAAGUGGGGAGGUUGGUUUCCGGGCCAUGUCAGAAACCCUGGGCUGGGCCAAGAGACCUAUGCUGCAGCGUGUCCACCUUCUGCCCCCCUCUAUGCCCGUCUCCAUGCUGUAUGGAGCACGGUCCUGGGUGGACAGCUCGUCUGGGGACAGAGUUACUGAGAUCAGAGGCCAAGCCCACACCAGAGUGCUGCUCAUAAACCAUGCCUCACACAAUGUGCAUGCUGAUGAACCAGAACAGUUUAACCAAGUGGUUGAAGAAAUCUGUCAAUCUGUGGACUGACCAUGUGUGAUCUAAAAGGACUUCUGUGUUGGCAGUUCAUCAUGAAGGUCGCAGCUCUGCACCUCUUCAAUGUUCUGCUCUGAGGCAUUUUCAUUUGAAUGUAAUUAUGGUUUCAGUUUUCCUGUCCUAAGUCCAUACAUUAACAUUUGAUAAGUGGUGUUUGUACUAUAAUGAUUAAAUAUGUUUAUAUCAUGAAGAUGUUCCUAUAUUCUGCUCACACAAAAAAUAGUCAAAUUUAUAUAUUUAUCCAAAAGGAAAGAAUUGUACUGUUUUUGUUAUUUAAGAAAUGAUAAAGAUGAAUCUUUGAGGUUGAACUGAAUCUACAGUUAAACUCACUUUAACUUGUGCCUAAUGCAGUAAAUCCUUUUGCAUGUCUUUUAUCUGUUUUAUGGUUUGUUUGUUUUCUCUAAAUCACACAAAUGGUUGUGGUGC